AUGGGAAAACUCGCCGUGAUCAACUCACCCCCGACUCGCUCUCACUCGUCAGCAGCUCAGUUGCUUCUCGUCUCCCUUUUCUUCUCAUCACUCGCUGCCGGUCAAACCGAGCUCCGACCCGGAUUCCAAGCCACCCCAGACGGUUCAAUAUCGUCGUUCCAGCCGAUCCUCAAAGACCCAUCAGGCAAUUUCUCACUCGGCUUCCUCCGAGUCAACUCGUCCCAACUCGCUCUUUCAGUCCUUCACCUCCCUUCCCUCCAGCCCAUUUGGGCCGCCAACCCGACCCCAGCCUCGCCCAGCUGGUCGGACCGGACUCGGCUCUCCUUCAACGGCACCCUCGUGCUCUCCGACUCCCGCCGUGGCAUUCUCUGGUCAACGAGUCAGACCGACCCAGGCGACGCGGUCGUUUUGCUGAACACCUCCAACCUCCAGCUGGUUAAGCGAAACGGCGCCGUCUCGGUGACAGUCUGGCAGAGUUUCGACUUCCCCGCGGAUACCCUCGCGGAGGGGCAGAACUUCAGCUCCGCCGCUUCCCUGGUGGCCUCCGGCGGCCGGUACGCCAUGCGGCUGGGGGACGACUUCAUGGCGCUGUACGCCGACUUCGACGGUGACGGGGCCGCCGAUCGGAUCUACUGGAAGCACAAGGCGCUCGAGGCGAGAGCCGACGUGGUGCCGGGUCAGGGCCCGAUUCACGCGCGGGUCGAACCGGAAGGGUUUCUCGGGUUGUACCAGAACGGGACGGGUAGUACUCCGGUCGAUGUUCAAUCGUUCAACAGCUUCAGGCGUCGGGUCAGCGGGUUUUAUAUCGUCCGGGUCGAACCGGACGGGAACCUCAAGGGUUACAACUGGGAUGGAGCCAAUUGGGUUCUCGAGUACCAGGCCAUACCGGACGGGUGCAGCCUGCCUGACCCGUGCGGUUCGUACGGGCUGUGUCGACCCGGUCCCACUUGUUCGUGUCUGGACAGCGGGACCGAGCCGGAUUCUAAUCAACCCACGAGUCAGUGUUUGCCCGCUCCAACCGCGGGCAAUUUGUGCAAUCGGAUCGGACUCGAAAACGUCGAUAAUUUUCGAGUCCUCAGGAGGAUUGGGGUGGACCUACCAUUCAAGGAGCUGACGAGCUACAUAACGACCCCAUCGUUGGGAGAAUGUGAGGGCUCCUGCGAGAGAAAUUGUACGUGCUGGGGCGCGGUGUAUAACAAUGCGUCCGGAUUCUGUUACAUGUUGGACUAUCCGAUCCAAACGAUGUUAGGUGUCAACGAUGAUAGCAAGUUCGGAUACUUUAAGAUAAGGAAUGAAGUCGCUUCGAAAGUCGACGAGAAGAAGAUGGGUUCGGGUGCACGAGUCGGACUCGUGUUCCUGUGCCUAUCUGUCUUGGUUUUGGUCGGGGCGGUCGGGGUUGUGUGUGUUAGGGCGUGGAAGAAGCACCGGAGGGGGAGGAACCGGAUCUUGGAAGAGCAGGAAGGGGUUUCGGCGCCGGGCCCGUAUAAGGAUCUCGGGUCGGAUAGUUUUCGGUCCAUUGAGAUGGGCGAGAGAAGAUGA